AUGGAUAUGGAUAUGGGCUUCUUGCCCACUAUUAAAUGCUCCAGUUGUGGGAACAAUGUUGAGAUCUUCUCUAUGGGCGACCAUGUGUGUGCCCCGGUCUUUCAUGCCCCUGUUGCACUUCCAUCACCGCCCCCCUCGGCGGGGUUCGAAUCCCCAGACCGACUGAUGGCCGCGAUACCCAAACCCGGUCGGUCUGGGGCUCCUUCACGAAUUGACCCGUCCAUCGCAAACCGUGCGUACCUUCAGCCGAACGUAACAACGCCGGCGAGCAGUAUUGGAUCGCAUGCGCCAUCACCUCUUUCUGAAUCGGCGCCUCGCUCUCCUUUUCAAUCAUCGCCCCGCGAGCAGAUAUCACCGGAUGAUGACUCCGUAAUAAACCUAGACUCGGUGUUUUCCUUCCCUAUGCCGGGAAACCGAUCACCGGCUCGUAUUUCGACCCCGGCAUUGCUAGGAGAAGCGUCAUCGCGAUCCGCGACAACCCCAUCCCCACGACCAGUACCCGGGCUGGAUUUGGUACCUGAAAAUGUAAAACUUCCACCUAGUCCCCUCCCACCAGCACCUGGGAUGGAGAUGGGUCACCAGCGGGGGGAUUCUCAAGCUAGCCAUAGCAGCUAUCGCACCUCCAUGGCGAGCACUCGUUAUGGCAGCUCGACGGCAAGAUCCUCAACAAACAGCUUCUCCAGGGGACUACGCACUUUUAUCGACGAGACGCCGCCGCUGCCACCUGCACCUCUUCGCACCCCUAACAAGGCCUCUUUCCAAGACUCCCACUUGUCGGCGCGUGCGCCAAAUCGGAAUGACCGUACUGGGGAUACUUACAGCGGCUUUGACUUCGAUCUCUCGGUAGAGCCGACGACCUUGCACGAUCUGCCCGAGAAACUGUCUCCGGAUUUUCCCAAGGACAGCGAUGAGCUUCAUUUUGACAUACCUCUGCAAACUCAUCUACACCCUGCCGUUGCCGACUCGGGAUUUGAUGCUCCGAGAAAAAGUUCUGAUGCCAGUGAAAGCGCUAUGUCUAUCACAAGCUUCGCACGGGCCCUAGGGCUAGAUGAUCACAUCACCGAAGCAGAGAGUUCUCUUUCUUCCGACUCGUCGCCGUCGGACACCCGCAGUGGAAGCUCCAUGUCCAGUCUUCCGUCCGACGCAAGUCUCAGCCGCCAGAAGGCUACCGAUCCCCUCAGCCUUGGUACCUUGGUCGAAGAGUUGCCUGCAAGAACCCGCCAGACAAUCUUGGAACUCCCGGGUCGUGUACGUAGCCCGAUGGAGGAUGUACCUACCAUCCCCGCGGCCUUCUUCAGUCCCGAUUCACCCACCGAUCCUGCAAUCAAUCAAGGCAGUUUGUCGCUAAUCGCAGAGAGACGGGAGAUCCAGUUGCCAACACCCCAACCUCAAGCACCUAGCGAACUUGAAGAGCCUAAAAAAUCCCAACCUCAGGCGCCUCCUUCGCCGCGGCCAGUGCAGCGGUCGGCAACUGCACCUAUUCCCCGACCCUCAACCCGGUCUACCACACGGAGCAAAGGGCAAUGCAGAGGUUGUGGCGAGGAAAUCACAGGAAAGUCGAUCUCUUCCUCAGAUGGUCGGUUAACAGGGCGAUAUCACCGCAGCUGUUUUGUCUGCUUCGAGUGCUCCUCGCCUUUCCCAACAGCUGAUUUCUAUGUUCUGAACAAUCGCCCGUACUGCGCACAGCACUACCACGAGCGCAACGGAUCUCUUUGCUCUACCUGCCACUGCGGAAUCGAAGGUCAAUACCUGGAAACCGUGGAGCAGAACCAGAACCGACCCGAUCGCCGCCGAUUCCACCCUGACUGCCUGCAGUGCCGUACCUGCCAUGUGCUCCUGAAAGGCGAUUACUUCGAGUGGAACGGAGGGGUCUAUUGUGAACGAGAUGCCCGGCGGGCAGCAGCAACCUACUACCCCCCAUCACCUGGUCGUCGACGACCUACGAUUGGGUCCUCACCCUUGGCUCAGUCUGGGGGAUAUCCUCCCCCGAACGGUUACCCACGUCACCCUGCGCCAAACCAGGGCCUUCGCCCCGGUCCACGCUACCCUCCUGGGGGUGCCGGUCGAUUCCCUGAGCGACGAACGACCAAGCUCAUGAUGUUUUAA